UUCGGUUCGGUUCGUUUCGAGAUGCGCCCCGGAGCUCCCGGUUCACGGUUUGCAGCACUGCUCGUGCUGCUGCCGUGUUUGUCCUGCUUCAACGUGGAUGAGAAGAACGGGAUGUCGUUUAACGGUCCGGUGGAGGACCUGUUCGGAUACACCGUGCAGCAGUUCCAGAACGAGGAAGGAAAAUGGGUUCUGAUUGGUUCUCCUCUGACAGGACAGCCCGCCCACCGGACCGGAGACGUCUACAAAUGCCCCGUGGGUCGGGGCACGUCCUCCAGCUGUACCAAAUUAGAUCUGCCUGACCAGACGACCAUCCCAAACAUUCAGGAAGUGAAGGAGAACAUGACCAUGGGCACCACGCUGGUGGCUAAUCCCGACGGGAGCGGCUUCCUGGCGUGUGGUCCUCAGUACGGUUACAUGUGUGGGAACCAGCAGUACAUCACCGGGAUCUGCUCCAACAUCAGCUCAUCCUUCAGAGUGCUCAACUCCAUCGCUCCUACUGUUAGAGAGUGUCAGCAGGACAUGGACAUCGUGAUCGUGCUGGAUGGAUCCAACAGCAUCUUCCCCUGGAGCAGCAUCACCGAGUUCCUCGUCAAGUUCCUCUCCCAGAUUCAGAUCCCUCCAGCCAGGGUGGGCAUCGUUUCAUACGGCGACGACGUCGGCCACGUUUUUAACCUCAGCCAGUUCAAUAAUACCAAGGACCUGGUUAAACACGCCGCCAGGAUCCCACAGAGACGAGGCCUGAAGACCAUGACGGCGCUGGGCAUCGACACGGCCAGGAAGGAGGCGUUCACGGCGGAGCGAGGGGCGAGGCCGGGGGUGAAGAAGGUGAUGGUGAUCGUUACGGACGGAGAAUCACAUGAUGAUUACAGACUGCCCAGAGUGGUCGAUGAGUGUGAGAAGGACGGCAUCGAGAGGUUCGCCGUCGCCGUGCUGGGUGAUUAUAACCGUCAGAAUAAAAGCGUCGCUGAAGUGAAGAAGUUCAUUAAUCAGAUCGAGUCCAUCGCUAGCGUGAAGAAAGACGAUCAUUUCUUUAACGUGUCGGACGAGCGCGCGCUGCUCACCAUCGUCGACGCCCUGGGGAGCAAAAUUUUCGCUUUAGAAGCUACAUCAGGGAACCACACGUCAUCCUUCGAGAUGGAGAUGUCUCAGUCCGGCUUCAGCGCUCACACCUCCAAAGCGGGGUUGAUGCUGGGAGCGGUGGGGGCGUACGACUGGAACGGCACCGUCGUCAUGCAGACGGGUAAAGAAUUCAUGGUGCCGAAAAACGACACCUUUCACGACCCGCUGGUACAGAGGUACGAGGGCAUGGCCGGAUACGUGGGUUAUGACGUACAGUCGGCGUUCACUCCCUCCGGCGUUCUGUACAUCACCGGAGCUCCCAGGUUCAACCACUCGGGUCGAGUCACCAUGUACCGCCUAAACGGAGAGAACAUCACCAUCACACAGCACAUCAAAGGAGAACAGAUCGGCUCGUACUUCGGCAGCGUCCUCCAGACCCUGGACGUGAACAGAGACUCGUACACCGACCUCCUGCUGGUGGGGGCGCCCAUGUUCAUGGGUCCCGAGAGAGACGAACAGGGGCAGGUUUACGUCUACAGACUCGACCAGGACGGCGUGUUCCAGCACGAGAUGACCCUGCGGCCGGUGAAUCAGACGUGCUGUACCCGACACUCUCACUCCUCCUGCACCAGCGCCAACAAGAACGAACCCUGCGGCGCCCGCUUCGGGACCGCCAUCGCCGCCGUGCCCGACCUCAACCUGGACGGUUCGAACGACGUGGUGAUCGGCUCACCGCUGGAGAACGACCACCGGGGGGCGGUGUACAUCUACCACGGCACCGGCACCACCAUCCAGGAGAAAUACGUCCAGCGUAUAGCCGCUGGAGGUGAUGGUGAGAAGAUGAAGUUCUUCGGUCAGUCCAUUCACGGGAUCAUGGACCUGAACGACGACGGGAUCAUAGACGUUACAAUCGGCGGCAUCGGGGGGGCGGCGCUCUACUGGUCUCGUGAUGUGGCUGAACUCCGGGCGAACAUGAGCUUCGACACCAAAAAGAUCAACGUCCAGCAGCCCAACUGUAGAAUCCACGAGAAGGAGAUGGUGUGUGUGAGGACCAGGGUCUGCUUCAGAUACAAGAUCAAGUCCAAGACCGAGACCAGUGCCAAAACCAUUGUGCGCUACACUCUGACCCUGGAUUCUCUCAGAGCCAUUGCGAGAGGUAGAUUUGCAGACACGGACGACAGGAGAGUCCAGAGGAACGUUACAGUCAGUGGCAGACACUGUACAGAGCUCUCCUUCUACAUGUCGGAUAAGCUGGACUUCAGGGAUCCUCUCAUGGUGUCUCUGGACUUUGAGUUGGCGGAUAAGGACAGCGGGCCGGUGCUGGACGAGGGAUUACCGACAUCACUCAAUAAAACGAUCGCGCUGGUGGAUUGUGGGAUUAACGAGAAGUGCGUCGCUGACCUACACCUCAAAGCGGCGGCGAACAUCAGCAGUCUGGUCAUAAAGGAGAAGGAGAAGUUCCACGUGGUGGUGAACGUCAGGAACAGCGGAGACAACGCCUACAACACCAACGUGAGGCUGAGCACCUCCGAAAACAUCAACUACGUCAAAGUGGAGCCUAAAGAAAAGGACUGUGAGCUCAAUCACACCACGCUCAUGUGUGCAGUGGGAUACCCCUUCCUCAAAUCUCACCUACAGGAGGAGUUCAGGAUCUUGUUCGAGGUGAAUCCGUCCCACAUCAGACGAGACAUCGUCAUCAACGUGAACGCCACCAGUGACAGUGACGAGCUCACAUCGGCGCUUUACGACAACCACGUGCGGAUCGUCAUCCCGGUGAUGUACGAGGCCAGUCUGACCUUCACCGCGAACAAGUACAUGAGGGAGGAUCACAUCAUCCUGAGAGAGGACGAAACGGCGCCGACUAUCAUCAACAACACCAGCGCCAUCGGAGAGGAGAUGAACGUCACCUACACGAUCGAGAGGGAUUCUGGGAUACAGAGUCCUCCCCUCCAGCUCACCGUCACGUUCCCGUACAAGACGGCGGCAGAGAACUUCCUGCUGUAUCUGACGGGCGUCACGUCCACCGCCAACGUCACAUGUGACCACAAAUCGCUGCUCGACCCUUCAAACGUCGGCCGAAGAGAGAUCAGCCACAUACCCAAAGCCGAGACCCUGAGUGACUACCUGGUGAGCUGUAAGGAACGGGCGAACCCCUGCACCUCAUUCAGCUGCUCUCUUCCUUCAGCCGACUCCAACCAGGUCAACGUGACCUUCAGAGUCUGGAAGUCGACCUUCAUCAAGGCGGAGUUCUCCAGUCUCUACAUGCUGGUUCAUGCUAAUCUGAAGAAUAAAAACUCCACCUACUUCCAGUUAAGCAAGAGUGACGAGAGCCGAGAGGUUCGAGUGCAGAUCUCUAAAGAGAGUCGUGGUGGGAUUCCUCUGUGGAUCAUCAUCCUCAGUAUCCUGAUCGGUCUGCUCAUCCUGGCGCUGGUCAUCUUCUGUCUGUGGAAGUUCGGCUUCUUCAGGAGGAAAUCGGUGGAGGAGAUGAAGGAGGACAUGAGAGAUGAUUAACGGCUUCGGUCUCCGUGUCUGAAGUUCUCGAACCCUCAGGUUUAAACCACAAUCACAAAUUCUCCGUGUCUGUAUGGACUCAGUGACAUCACAGCAGAUCAAGACUAUCACCUUCAUUCCGGUCUGUAGUGUCCAGAUCCUUUGGAUGGGUUUGAACCUCAAAGGGUCGCACCUUAACUUUUGGGUUUGGGUUCUACUUGACCAUCAAACCAUCACAACAGAUCCAAUCCUGUCGAGUUCUGUACAUCAACGGACUAAUCCAAAUGGAAAACGAACUCCAAAUGGAGUAUAAACUAAAGACUUGCUUCUAGACACGGAGUCACAGCCCUGCCACGCCACGUUUGCAGCAAUGAUUUAAACCAAAACGUCCAGAUCAUGACCACUGAAGCUCUGCAAUCCACCAAAAACACCAACAGAAGAACCAAAACCCAACAGAAGAAGACUCGACAUCCCGUCACAGUCCACACCUCAGUCUGGAGUCUGGAAUCUAUAAUAGUGACGCAAACUCAACAGGAAACCUUGUGAAACUGAAGAUGACUCCUAUACAAACCCCGUUUCCAGAAAAGUUGGGACAUCUUGUAAAAAUGAGAUGUGUGAUGUCUUUAAUUAAGCGACAACAUUAAAAAAAAUUCCAGUGGUUCAGUGAUCAGUUUCACUGUAGUUUGUAAAUAGAAACAGGUUUAGAAUUUGAAGUUGGACGGAGGCAAAACAAAGUGAAAAGUUGAUGGAUGUUGAAGUUACAGUGUUCUGGAACAAUCCACAAUGAUCAGGUAUCAAAGGAGGAUCAAUCUGUACAAGCAAUGAUGGCUCAUGGCUCACUACUGUGUUCCAAACUUGUAAGAAUUGUAAGAAUGGUCAGUCAGUUGUAGAUUGCAAGAUUUGACCAUCUGUAACCAUCUACUGUACAUAAUAUCGUGUAAAGAUUCAGGAAAUCUGAAGCAAUCUCAGUCCGUGUGGGCCAAACCCCUGAUGGAACUCAGUUCUUCAGUUCACCUUUUAAUGCUCUCACCAAGAAAAUAAUGAUUAAAAAUUAUUUCUUUGCACCAAAUUCAGGCCUUAAACCUAAGCUCUAAACCCAGGCCAUAAACCUUAGCCUAAAACCCUGGUGUUAAACCCAAGCUUUAAACCCAGUUCUUAAAUCAAGGUCUUAAACUCAGGCCUUAGACCCAGGCUUUAAACCUUAGCCUCAAACCUUAGCCUUAAACCUUAGCCUUAAACCCAAGCCUUAAACCUUAGCCUUAAACUCAGGCCUUAAACCCUGGUGUUAAACCCAAGCUUUAAACACAGGCCUUAAACCCAAGCUUUAAACCCUGGUGUUAAACUCAGGCCUUAAAUGAAUAAAUAAUGUAUAAUAAAAAAAUUAAAAAAAAGAUUUAUUUGCAUUUCUUAGUUUCCUGGGACUAAACCAACAACAAACUAUUCAUAUUUCUUUUACUAGUGCACACAGUAUUCAAGUUGACAUCUCGGUUAGAAAGAUAUUAAAACCAUGUACCAAUAUUUUUGAGUUUAACACACAUCGACCAAGGAGUAGAUCCGGCCCAAACAAUAUCAUUUAGUAUUUAGACCCAAAUGGUUAAACAAAGAUUCAUGAGAAUGAAGACAUCACACAUCACUUUUACUGCGUUUUACUGAACGUCCCAACUUUUCUGAAAAUGUGGAACCUGAAGAACGUGAAUCCUGGAGCUUUACGCCAACUAAAUCUAGUUCUGGACCCCGGUGCUCUGUUCCCGUGGACAUGAAGGACCAGCCAACAUGAUCCCAAACAUGAUAAUUCCACAUUUGCUAUCAACCACCAUCACGUUUCAUAGCAAAGCUUUCUGGAUUGCCAUGUCGUCAUGACCUGAUCACACACACAGAGACCUUCACGUGAAUCCACUCCAGUUCUCAAUCACUGUAAUUAAUCUUUGGUUCCUACAUGGUGGGGUCAUGUCUUACCCCUCUUCUCGUCCCUCUGCUCUCCCCUGGCAUUAGACACUGAUUAUCAGACGUGCGUCUGAUUGUACUGUACGUGUAUAUAAAGCUAAAAGUGUAAAUAGAGCAAUAAUAUUUUUACAUUAUUUUUAUGUUAUCUUCAUAACAUCCGGUUCUGGUUCUGGUUCCGGUUCUGAGAGGAGAACUCCUCUACUGCUAAUCACUCAGACGCUUUGGAUCAGUUACGAUAAAAAAUCAGCUUAUUGUAGCGAAUGAAUCAUGUAAAUAUCUUAAAUCCUUUCAUAUUUUUGUACAUGUAAUUUAAUCUCUCGUCUCACAUCAUCCAGCACUGACUGAAGCUUUAUGACGUUUUUGCUUUGUUCUUCAGCAGGUUUCUGUUUGGGUCCCAGUCUGGUACUAAAGUGUUUAGUUUGGUCUGAACGUUAAUUAUCAUGUUAAGCUGACAAUGUCCGACAUGUGUGAAGCCAUCAGGCUCUUUUAUUUUUACCAGCCAGCGCCUCUAAAGUCACGUAUUCCUCCACCGCUCGUGCCGGCACCUCAAAUGGACAGUAGGACUCGAGGCAGCGAGGUUAUACCUCCAUCCGGGCUUUCCUCAAUUAGACACGACCACUUGUGUCUGUAAAGUGGCCGACCAGGCUUUAAAUCCAAGUCUUAAACCCUGAUGUUAAACCCAAGCUUUAAUCUCAGGCCUUAAAUCCAUGUCUUAAACCCUGGUGUUAAUCUCAGGCCCUAAAACCAAGGCUUUAAACCCAGGUGUUAGACCCAUUCCUUAAACCCAGUGUUUAAACCCAGGUCAUUAAGCCAGGCCUUAAACUCAGGCAUCAAACCCAAGCUUUAAAACCAGGCCUUAAACCUAGGUUUUAAACCUUAGCCUUAAACCCUGGUGUUAAACCCAGGCCUUAAACCCAGACCUUGAACCCUGGUGUUAAACUCUGGUGUUAAACCCAAGCUUAAAACCUUAGCCUUAAACCCUGGUGUUAAACACAGGCCUUUAACACAGUCCUUAAAUCCUGGUGUUAAACCCAGGCCUUAAAUGAAUAAAUAAUGUAUAAUUAAAAAUAAAAAAAAAAGAUUUAUUUGCAUUUCUUAGUUUAAAACCUUAGCCUUUAACAGAGGCCUUAAAUCCUGGUGUUAAACCCAGGCCUUAAACCCAAGCCUCAAACCCAAGCUUAAAACCUUAGCCUUUAACACAGGCCUUUAACACAGGCCUUAAAUCCUGGUGUUAAACCCAAGCCUUAAACCUAAGCCUUAAACCCAGCCCUUAAACCCAAGCCUUAAACCCAAGCCACAAACCCAGGUGUUAAACCCAGGCCUUAAACCCAAGCCACAAACCCAGGUGUUAAACCCAGGCCUUAAACCAAGGUGUCAAACCCAGGCCAUAAAUCCUGGUGUUAAACUCAGGCCUUAAACCAAAGCCUUAAACCCAGGUGUUAAACCCAGGCCAUGAACCCAGUGUUUUUUUCUUUGUUGUUUACGAGUUAUCAAACUUACCUCAAUUCUCAGAAGUCCUAAUCACUGCUGGCUCAUACAAUUCCAUCAUACAAUCACAACUUAGAUCAACAAAACAGAUUUGAUCUCUCUAAAACAUCCUAACUGGGGAUUAGUUUUAGAUUUAAAAGUUUGAAAUGAUUUAUUAUCUGCAGCAGCAUCAGUCGAGUGUAAAGUUGGUGAUGAUCGUCAUGUUUCUGUUGAGAGAACGUUAUGAUCGAUUGAUUAUUUUGUGUGGGGAUUAACUAUAAGCCAAAUACAAAACGAUGACUGUACUUUUAUUCGUCUACAUACUUUAUUUUCUGUGGAGCGAGAUGUGAUGAGAUGUGCUGAGAUGUCGAGUGUAGAUCUUUCACACCUGGUUGGCAUCAACACUCCACUUUAUGUCUGAGUUCUGGAUUUGAGAGUUUUUGUGUCACUGCUGUGAAGUUUUUAUGUAAUGCACUAGUUUUUAUUAGCACCAAGUGUUGCACAUUCUGUCUGAAAUAAUCUGCACAUGAAAUAAAGACUUGUUUUGUAAAGAA